AUGUCGGACAAAGAUGAGCCAGUUACGUUGGAUAGAAGUACGCCACUUACAUCAGGCAGAAAUGAACUGAACUCUGAGAAAACUGACAGCUCAAUGCGGUGUCCUAUUCAUGGUGGUAAUGCUGCUCAUUCACUGAGGGAAUGUCAUAAGUUUCGUAAAAGGCCGUACAAGGAGAAGGUAGACUAUCUGUUUAAACAUGGAUAUUGCCUAAGAUGUUGCGGGCAAAAACGGCACACCAAAAAGAACUGUCGUGAAAACGUGAAGUGUGAUGUGUGCGGUUCUCUCAAUCAUGUGACAAUUCUGCAUUCCGAUGUUGCUCCUGGGAAAUUUCAUGAGGGGGAGCAGUUGACAGUUUCAACAUCGUGCACCGAAGUGUGUAAUGUGCAACAGAACACUAGUAAAUCCUGCGCAAAAAUCUCACUGAUCAAAGUAUAUCCGGAAGGACAACCGUACCGUGCACGCCAUGUGUAUUGCGUAAUCGAUGACCAAAGCAACCAGUCUUUGGCGUCAUCAUCCUUUUUUGACGCAUUUGGAGAGUCUGGUCCAGAAACUGAAUAUGUACUUUCGACAUGUGCAGGGAGAUCAGUUACAUCAGGAAGAAAGGCAUCUGGAUACAUCGCACAAUCACUUGAUGGAUCUUACACUUACAAAUUACCUUGUUUGAUUGAGUGUAAUGAAAUACCAAAUAACCGUGAUGAAAUCCCCUCAAAAUCUGUUGCUCGUCAUUAUUCUCAUUUGGCGGAUAUACAGGACUAUAUUCCGGAGAUUGACACUGGAGCCAACAUCGAGAUAUUGAUUGGUCGGGAUCUUACAACAGCGCAUCAUGUGUUAGAUCAGAGAGUUGGUCAGGAUGGCUUACCUUUUGGACAGAAAUUACCUCUCGGCUGGGUUGUGGUAGGAAACGUCUGCCUUGGGAAAGUCCAUCAACCAGAAAUUGUCAGUGUGAUGAAAACUUCCGUACUUACCAAUGGACGCGCCUCACAUUUAAUACCCUGUGACAGUGAGUUUUCUGUGAAGGAAGGGUAUCCGGAUAUCUUUCAACGCUCGCCAGGAGAUGAAAAACUAGGUCUCUCUAUUCAGGAUAAGAAGUUCAUGGAUAUCAUGGAAUCAGGCUACAAGAGAUCUACUGAUGGGUUCUGGGAAGCACCGUUACCAUUUCAGGUAUGCAGACAAACUCUACCGAAUAACCACUCGAUGGCUUUACGUAGGGCCAUGUCGUUUGAUAGAAACUUACGAUCUAAUCCGAUCAAGUGUAAACAGGUUGUCGAUUUCAUGGACAAACUUCUAGUGAAUCACCAUGCAGAGUUAGCCCCGGAACUACCUGCUGUGUCUGAACGAUGGUACUUACCUAUGUUCGCCGUACAUCACCCUAAGAAACCAGAAAGUGUACGCGUGGUGUUCGACUCUUCGGCUAAGUAUAAGGAUUCGUCGUUAAACUCUGUGCUAUUACAAGGCCCAGACAUACUGAACAACUUGCUUGGUAUAUUACUUCGCUGCCGGAAAGAGAAAGUUGCCGCAACCAUGGACGUGGAGCACAUGUUUUAUAACUUCAAGGUGCCCGAAAAGCAACGUUGCUACUUGCGAUUUUUGUGGCACCAGAAUAACGACAUUGACCAGCCGCUUAUUGAAUAUCAAAUGACUAGACAUGUGUUUGGUAAUUCUACCUCACCUUCCAUCGCUAAUUAUGGAUUCCGGAAAAUUGUCGAGGGUGCGGAUAAGGAUGUACAAGACCUUAUCAAUGAAAAUUUCUAUGUAGACGAUGGAUUAGUGUUGUGUAAAACCGUGGACCAAACAGUUGACCUCGUGCUUCGAACUCAGCAAACGCUGCAGGAUAGAGGGAGAGUAAGACUCCACAAGUUUGCCUCGAACAGUAGGCAUGUACUCAACGCUUUGGAUCAAGCUGAUUUAGCCAAGAAUCUGAAGGACUUAGACUUAGGAACUGCUGCACUUCCUACUCAGAGAAGUCUAGGACUUUUAUGGAAUACUGAAAGUGACUCUUUCAUAUUUAGCGUGAAUCAGGUGGAAAAACCAUACACCAGACGUGGCCUGUUGUCAACCAUCAACAGUGUCUUUGAUCCUAUUGGAUUUGUACAACCUGUCGUUAUCGAGGGGAAAAUUCUUCUUCGCGAGAUGAUGUCCGUCACCAAGAAAACUGACUGGGACGACCCAUUACCAGAGGCCUUACACGACAAAUGGGUCUCGUGGAUACAUUCAUUAGCCUGUCUCGAGGAGCUUCAUAUCCCUAGAAUGUACAGUGACAUUUCGUUUGAAGACGCCAUCCGCAGAGAAGUCUUGGUCUUUGCAGAUGCUUCAAAGAACGCAAUAGCUGCCUCAGCAUACCUCAAACUUUAUGAUGUCAAUAGAUCAACUAUCAGCUUCCUAAUGGGCAAGGCUAAGGUGGCACCCAAUCAUGGCCAUUCAAUCCCUCGAUUGGAAUUAUGUGCAGCGGUCCUCGCUACAGAAAUUGCAGAAAGCAUAGCAGAACAGUUGAGCAUUCACAAGGACAACUUUAGUUUCUUCACGGACAGCCAAGUGGUACUUUGA